AUGGAAGAUCAAAUCAAUAGCUUAUUAAAUAGUCAAAUCAAUAUUGAAGAAUUUAAUAAUAAUAAUAAUAGUAAUAAUAAUAAUGAAGAGGAGGAUAAACCAAUUGUUAAAAUAUAUGAUUCUGAUAAACAAAAUUUAAUGGAUAGAAUAAAUUCAGGAGAAUUUAUGAAAAUUCAAGCACCUAUGGUUAGAUUUUCAAGAUUACCAUUUAGAAUGUUAGUAAAAAAAUGGGGUUGUGAUAUAACUUAUACACCAAUGAUUAUGGCUGCUGAAUUUAAUAGAAGUGAAGCUGCAAGAGAUUCUGAUUUCACUAUAAAUAAAUUGGAUGAACCAUUGAUUGUACAAUUUGGAGUUAAUAAUGCAGAGGAAUUAGUAUCAGCAGCAGAAAAAGUUAAAGAUUAUUGUCAAGGUAUUGAUAUUAAUUGUGGUUGUCCACAAAGAUGGGUAAUGAAGGAAGGAUUUGGUGCAAAUUUAUUACUACAUCCAGAGAGGAUUUACGAUAUGGUUAAACAGAUUAAUAAUAGGGUACCAAUACCAAUAUCGAUUAAAAUUAGAGUUCAAUCAGAUUUAAAAGAUACAAUUGAAUUGGCAAAACGUGCAGAGAGAAUCGGUGUUUCUUGGAUCACUGUUCAUGGUAGAACCAGUGCAAUGAAAUCUUCACAUCCUGUAGACUACGAUGCAAUUAAAUUAGUUAAAGAUAAUGUUACAUUACCAGUGUUUGCAAAUGGUGAUGUUUUCACUUUAUCUCAAUCAAAUGAAAUUCGUGAGAAAACUGGCGUAAAUGGUGUAAUGUCUGCAAGAGGUUUAUUAACCAAUCCUGCUCUAUUCCAAGGUUAUGAUAAAACUCCAAUUGAAUGUAUUAAAGAUUUCAUAAAUAUUUAUUCAGAAUAUGGUGGUUUACAUCCUGUCAUCUUUCAUAGACAUUUAAUGUAUAUGUUAUAUGAAUAUCAUAAUAAAAAUGAAAAAUCCGAAUUUAAUAAACUUUCAACUAUUUCUGGUAUAAUGGAUUAUAUAAAUGAUAAAUUUUUAUUUUAA